AUGGAAUAAUAAUAAAAUGAAAGAGUCAAUAGCAAUUAUUUUUAAUUAAAUUUGAAAAACCUAGUUAAAGUUGAACAAAUUUGUUAAGGAAUGGAUAUUAAUAAAGAAGGUUCUCUUUUAUUAUUAGAUUACCUUUUUGUAAUAGCUGUAUUUGUUUUUAAAAAUGGAUUAAUAAAUAAAUUAUAGUUGCUACUUCAACCUUAAAGUAUAAUUUCGAAUGUACUACUAUUUUUAAACAAAAAAUCUUACUUUAUUUCUACUUCAUUCAAUUCAUUAAUACUUUGGUCAACAAAUCUAAUUGGAAGUUAGAAAUACAUAAAAAAAUUGGAAGGAAGUGAUGAUCAAAUUUUAUCAAUAGCAUUUCAUCCAACCGAUGAAAAUAUUAUUUUUUCUGGCAGUUCCAAUAAAAAAAUUAAUAUAUGGUCUAUCUCAGCAACAAAAAAUCCAUGCUAAUAGACUCUAAAUGUUCCAUUAAGAUAAAUUAUAUAAUUAUAAAUUUUGCAAGAUGGAAAUAAACUUGUUGCUUUAGGGAAUAUAAAAUAAAUGAUAGUGAUGGAAAAUAAAAAUAAUUUAUGGAAGGUAAAAUAGCUCAUUGAACUAAAAUAACAAAUCAAUUAAAUCUAAAUUUUAAGUAAUAAUAUUUUGAUGGUUUCCUAAAAUAAAUCGGGACUAAUCUCUGAUUUUGCAUAAAAUCUAUAGAUAUUCAGCUUUAAAGAUGACACAACUUUAUUUUCAUAUCCAGAAACUCUAUUAAUUAAUGAUUGUGUAUAACUUAUCAAAUAAGUCGAAUUCCAAAAUAAUAAGAAUAAGCAGUUUCUAUUAGUUAUUUGUGCUUCUAAUCUUUAUAUCAUUAAAUUCUAGAAUAUUGAUUAAGGGAAAAUGGUUGUAGAAUAGAUAUUAAAUUAUUAAGAUCUUAUGUCAACUUCAAAUUUAAAUAUUCAAAUUAUGAGUUCAGAUGGCAAAUAUUUAAUCAUAUCUGACAUUUCAUCAUCUUAGAUUCAUAUUUUGGAAUUAAAACAAAACUAUUGA